UUGAAGUGGAGAAAUCAAACAUACUCUUUGCUCGUUGCCAGACAUGCGACUUGACUUGAGGCAGAGUUUGUUGUUUAGUGAAUGAACGGACGCUACAGUGAAAUAGUGAAAGUAAGUGCGAGGAUGAAUGACAGUCGUGUACAGAUAUUGAAGAUAUUUCCAGUAUUUACUGUCCUGUUUUCAUUAUGGGUUCUGUGUGUGACGCUUAGAGUUCUUGAUGAAACUGGACAAAGUUUUUUGGUUUUCGCAUUGUUGCUAUUGCAAGUCUAUUUAAACUGGUUGGCACUGCUACUAGGCAACCGCAACUGCACAGCUUCAAGACGUCAAGAGAAAAGUUACUACAGUUGGGAACUAAUGAGUGCCGCUUCCGAUGAUUACGACUUCAGUAACUCAUCACCUCCAUGGAAUAGUAACAGCGAAAAGAAUGUUGAGGAAAACAAUUUUUAUGAUUAUGAUUUUGUUUCGAAAACAGACAUUGCAAUGCAAAGAAUUUGGUAUUGCCCUCGCUGCUGUCAGAAUUCUUUCAUAAAAUGUUCCCAUUGCUCAGUGUGUAAGAAAUGCAUUAUUGAGCGGGAUCAUCAUUGUUUUUUCUUGGGAACGUGUAUUAGCAUGAAAAAUAUCACAUACUUUAUUAUUCUGCUAAUUUACACUGGUCUAACCUCAUCUUAUGUCACUCUGUUGUUGUGCAACAAAAUGAAUUUGCUCGACUCUACUACAGUGUUAAUGGAGCACUUCUUUCCAGUAUCAUUUGCGAAAUGGUUAUCGGGCGAAGAAUAUACAAAUAACCUAAUAGAAAAAUUGCUGUUGAAUGUGUGCGUGUCGUUGGCUCUUUUUAGUUUGGCAUUUGCCGUCUACUAUUUGUGCAAAGCAGCAAGAAGCAAAACUUUACAAAAGUCACAUAAGCAACGGGAUAAUAUUUCCUUCCUGGAAUUUACAAGAAACGAUGCACCGCAUUUUAAAAACCAUAAUUUCGUUAAUUUAAUAUUCCCAAUGAUUCUAAUGAGGUAUUUGCCUUUCAACGUAGCGUCCAACACCCACAAAGAAAAUUAAGUUUCGGAUCACUACUAAAGUGAUGAAACCAAACACUUCUGCAAACAUUGCAUAAACUUCAAGCAAGAUUUAGGAUCUGAUCAUCAUAACUCGAUUUGAGUACAUGCAGUAAAAUAACACGCAAUUUAAUUGUCAAAUUCAUAAACUUGAAAUGCAGACCUGUGUGCAAAUGUUUGCUAGAUUUAUACUUUCUGUGUGUAAGAUAUUCUGUGAUACUGUAAAUAUACUGUUGUGUGAAAAAUCACUUAAGAUGUGUUGUAACAUAAAAUGUUACUAAUCUUCAGCAGUUUUAUUGUAGAUCCUAAAUGGUAAAUUGAUAUAUGGAAAUAUUCGUGGAAAAGCAAGCAGUUGAAUUUGAAAAUCAUGUUUCAAGGGGAAAUUAAUGAAUUUUGCUUCUAAGUACUAUUUUAAAUUGAUCAUAAAGAAUAAAGUAAACUAACACACCAGUCUUUAACAGAAUGGUGAGUAGUUCA